CGCGCUGCAGGCGGCGCUCGGCCGCACGCCCCUCACGCCCGGAGGGUUGCGGCCGGUCUGCUACAAGGACGCGCUCGGACUGCCGCGGUGGGAGGCGGAGGAGCAGCGCUGCGGCGACGAGGCAGAGGGGCGGGGCGACUUUUACGCGGGCGCUCCGGCCGUUCGGGAGGCGGUCGAGUUGGCCAUCGAGCGGGCGAGGGAGGAGGCGGAGGAGGCGGCGGCGGGCGCGGCGGCGGAGGAGGCGGCGACCGUGGCGGCGGAGGCGGCGGCGGAGGCGGCGCGCGCGCUCGCGGCGCUCGAGAUUCAGGUGUGGCUGGAGCUCGACCGGCUCCUCGCCACCAUCGCCAGGCUGCGCGGCAAGGGGCAGCAGGUGCCCCGUUCUCCACCCACAGACGUGCCGCGCUUCUGUGUCGUUUUGUGGGGUGGCGCCCAAGAUCCAUGGACCAUCACAGAAGGGACCAUUGCAGGGGGGGAGAGACCUCCCCUUCCCCAUUUCCCCCUCGACCUCGACCGUUGUCCUUGCGGUGUCCAGGUGCCCGUGCCGAGCCAGCUCAUCGGGCUGAUGCCUCCCGCCCCCGAGGCGGGCGGCUGGCCCGUCGACUUCGAGCUCGCGAAGAUGGGGGCGCAGCUGCGUGAGCGGUACGAGGCGGCGCAGGCAGACGGCGAGGGCGACUCUUUCUCCUCUUGGGUCCAUUUUGUGCCCGUCGACCACGCGCACUAUUCGGCACGCCGCCGCGCACAGAGGCUGAGCUACGCCGUGUGGGGCGUCAUCGGCGUGGCCACCGACGACGCGGUUCAGCCGCUGCUCGAGGUGGGCAGCACGAGUGACCGGCUGCGGCGCGCGCUCGUGCGGAUGCGCGAGAUCAUGCAGCAGAUCGGGUGAACGAGAGAGUCUCGACUGCGAGAUGCGAGAGUAAUGCGUGUACGCAGAGCAAUCGUGAGAGUACUUUAGGAGUGGAAGUGUUUGGAUCAUGUCUGGAGGCCGGUGUGCUUGGUCGGAAUGUGUCGCCCCGCGCGUGUACGUGUAUGCUCUGAAUAGAUUAGAGAAACGCUC